UCUUCUCCCCAAUAUAUAUAUAUAGAAGAAGCUAAUGCUUUUCCUUCACCCUCUGCAAAUCUUCUGAUUAAACUCUCAGUCUGCUCACUCUUCUCCUCCCCAGUCCCCAGUCCCCAUACCCAUCCCUUUCUCCAGCUUUUCAGUACUUCUCUUUCUCUCCUCCAUUUCUCUCUCUUCUCCAUUUAUAUUUCUAUUUGAGGGGUCUUGAGGAGACAUAAUAUAAUGGAUAUUGAGUUCUUAAAAUCUGCUUCUGAGGACCAGCUAGAAAUGAUGCUUAUGAUGCAGAUGGAGAAGCUCCCGCCGGAAUUUUCCUCCGGCGCUUUUUCCGACGAUAUCUCCGGGAUGCAAACGAUGAAUUUCAGCCCUCAGUUAAUGGAGCAAAACGGGUCAUCUUCGCCGGCAUUUAUGGGAAUACCGUCCACCAUAUCCUUCACCGCCUCUCCCCAAGUCGCCGGGGAAUUCUCCGGUUUUCCGGCGUCUCCGGCGCAGAAACGGUCGACCUCCAUGGCGGCAAUGAGGGAGAUGAUAUUCCGGAUCGCCGCCAUGCAGCCCGUCCACAUCGACCCGGAGUCGGUGAAGCCGCCGAAGCGGCGAAACGUGAAGAUUUCGACGGAUCCGCAGAGCGUGGCGGCGCGACACCGCAGGGAGAGGAUAAGCGAGCGGAUAAGGAUUCUGCAGCGACUCGUCCCCGGCGGGACCAAGAUGGACACGGCUUCCAUGUUGGAUGAAGCGAUUCACUACGUGAAGUUCUUGAAGAAACAAGUGCAAUCGCUCGAACGCGCCGGCGCUAAUCGGCCUUCCGGGAUGGGUUUUCCGGUGCCGAUGUCGUCGUCGUCUUCCAUGAACGGCGGCAACUAUUUUCCGAUGACUACUAAGGGCUUUCAUCAUCAUCCUCCCCAAAAUAAUGUUCAGCAUUAUGCAGAUCCUCAGUUGUCUAAUUAGAUGCAUGUAUGCUUAUCUACUAGCCAGCCCAUAAUGUUGUGAUCAUACUCCAAUACUUUCAACUUUUUCUUUUUUUUUUUUUGGAAUGACUAGAAAAUCAGCAGUCACUAUCUGAUGGUGUGCACUGUACUCCUAGCCAAGUACCACAUAAGGUUGCUUAUAACUAACUGGCUCAAACCAAGAAAACUGCUUCUUUUGUUGGGAUUGAGUCGAAUUUGUAACAUUAUGGUUACUUUGAACUGUAUGCUUGCCAUGCAUGUUGUGUAUGUUCGGCUAGAAUAAUUCAUAGUUCAUAGUAAAUAAUACAAUAACGGUAUGUUUACAUACA